AUGUCGGCCACAGAUGAAAGUGGUGCAGAAGGUGCCAGUGCCUCCUUGGUGCCAGAAUUUGUGGUUGAUGGCCUCAGUGGAGUGUCUCAGGUAUGCUUUGUCAAAAAUUCAGGCUCGGCACUGCUCUUCCUGGUGGCGAUUCUGCUUGGCCUUCCAAGGGCUGCGCUAGUCUUAUCCAUCUUUGGCUGCCUCUCCUCGACAGGUGUCGCUGCAUGUUUGGGGUUAGAUAGAGACGCAAGGAAGGAAGGCAUGCUCGGCUACAACGGUGUCCUUGUCGGCUGUAGUUUUGCCGUAUUCAUCGAGAACUUCCUGUUGAGCCUGCUGCUAACGAUUUUCUGCGCUGGCAUUUCAGCAGUGGUUUUUGUUGGGAUAAGCAGGAUUCUGAAGCCGCAACUUACCUUGGCCUUCAACCUGGUGUCCCUGGUUACAAUAUGCUGCGUGCAUGUCUGGAUUGAACAGCAUGGUGGUAGUCAUCCGCAGGGACACGGUAAGGGUGUCUUCACUUGGAGAAGUGACUUCUCCAUGCUUGCUGGAAUGAACCUGCCUCUGGCGACCUUGAACGGAGUGGCACAGAUGUUUUUUGUCACCAGCGUAUACAGUGGCGUCCUCAUUACCUUGGGUAUUUAUCUGGCUAGCCCUUUUUCUGCACUAGCAUCCCUGAUUGGCUCCUGUGUCGGUGCACUUUGGGGUGUGGGAUGUGGCGGAAGAGCCUCUGAGAUUCAGGACGGUUUGUUCGGUUACAACGCUGCUUUGAUUGCACUGUGGAUCUCGCUCCGCUACCGGUCGCAAAGCUAUCGUUUGGUGAUCCUCUUGGCAAGUUGCGGAGCUUCCGCAGCAACUGCAGUCUAUGUCGGAUUGCGUGUAGUUGUGACAAUGUCCGGCGGCUAUUUUCCAGCGGCCUUGACGGUACCACUGGUGUCGGUCGCCCUGUGCUUUGUUGCAAUCGAGGAGCUCAGCGCCAUGGCGAAAAGCCUGCAAUCGCGAGAAUGUACAGAUACAAAUUUGGAACCAUAG